CUCCCAUUGGUCUCUCGGCCCUGUCAGUCACCUGGGCGUAUUGAGGGGCGGGUCUGAGGUGGAGAUCCGGAUCCGGAGCGGCUGAAAGGCGGAAGUGGAGGCCGGAGCCUGGGACACCGCCGGGGGGGGGAGAGGAGCGGAACCCGUCCGAGCCCCGGCCCCAAGUAACGCCGCCGCCCCGGAGACGCCUUGGAGGUCCCCUCCUCACUCAGCGCCUCUUCACACAGCGCCGGCCCCCGCCCCACGCUCACUGGUACCACUACAGCAGGACGGGCCAUGGCGGGUCGGGGAGGUGCAGCACGACCCAACGGACCAGCUGCUGGGAACAAGAUCUGUCAGUUUAAGCUGGUCCUGCUAGGGGAGUCUGCGGUGGGCAAAUCUAGCCUUGUCCUCCGCUUCGUCAAGGGACAGUUCCAUGAGUACCAGGAGAGCACAAUUGGAGCGGCCUUCCUCACGCAGACGGUCUGUUUGGACGACACAACAGUCAAAUUUGAGAUCUGGGACACAGCUGGACAGGAGCGGUAUCACAGCCUGGCCCCCAUGUACUAUCGGGGGGCCCAGGCUGCCAUCGUGGUCUAUGACAUCACCAACACAGAUACAUUUGCACGGGCCAAGAACUGGGUGAAGGAGCUACAGAGGCAGGCCAGCCCCAACAUCGUCAUCGCACUCGCGGGGAACAAGGCGGACCUGGCCAGCAAGAGAGCUGUGGAAUUCCAGGUAGGGGGAUGGACAGGACUUGGCAGGGUGGAGUAAGCCAGCUCCACUCGCAGCUCAGCCUAGCCUGCUCUGGGGGCUUUGUGAUGGGCCAGGCUGGGAGGUGGCCUGGGAGCUUUGAUCUGCUGUCCCCUCCUGACUUGAGCGAGGGCCUAAAGCAGUUGUCUGCCUCCUUGUUCUUGUCGGUUGGUGACGUGUGUAUGCAUAAGGAUCGCUGAAGCUGCUGCUUAUUUUUUGUGUAAACUCACUUUUUAAUGAAACAUACUGAAAAAGAAUUACUUUUUUCCACAUAAUACAUGCACAAAUAAAAUUUACACAGUACAAGAAGGUAUAUAGAAUGAAAUGUAAAUCCCUAACCCAGAAACUCAAUCUCCCUUCCCCCAAAUUCAUCAGUUUAUUUUUCUAGAAAUGUGCACAUAUG